AUGAACGCGCAGUUUCCCAACGCGAGCGAGGUCGUGGAGUAUCGAGACCCGCUCACCAAAGUGGUCAUCAAAAAUGUGAUUGUGGUCGUCCUCGGCCUGUCCGUCAACUACAUCAACAUCAGCCUCAUGCACACCUUCUGCAAGCACCAGAUAUUCUACACCAACCCUCGCUACAUCCUCUUCUUCAACCUGGUGCUCAACGACAUGCUCCAAGUGAGCAUGACUGUGGUCCUCUUUGUCAUCAGCUACACCCUCCACAAGAUCAACGUGUGCGUGUGCGCCACCUUCAUCCUGCUGACGGUCACGCCCCUCAACCUGGCAUGCAUGGCGGCCGAGUGCUACAUCGCAGCGUGCCUACCGCUGCAGCACACAAACAUCUGCAAGGUCAACAAGACCCUCAUUCUCAUCGCUCUGAUUUGGACAACCAGCAUGAUCUCGGCUCUGCCUGACCUCUUUGUCAUGUUGGCCACCGAGCCGCAUGACUUCUUCUCUUCCAGAGUGUUCUGCAUCCGAAAGAACGUCUUCCGCAACCCGCUGCUUUUCAGGAAGCGGGACAUCACCUACAUUGUGUCCCUGUUGGUAGUUUGGAGUUGUUUGGAGUUGCUUAGAGAUGACGUAUUGGAAAAUAAAGGGUUAACAGGGAGGUACGUGGCAAUGCUAAACUUCACCCCCCCAGGCCUGGUGGACGCUCUGACAGGCAACAGCAGCUCGCUGGGUGGCGGCGGCGGGGAGGCGGUGCCUAAAGACAGCUUCUCCAACGCCUUGGCCAAGAACAUCGUGGCCAUGAUGGUGUGGCUCACACUUAGCGUCAUCAACGGCAGCAUGGUGCACACCUUCCUGCGACACAGCGUGUUCUACGACAACCCGCGGUACAUCAUGUUUAUCUACAUGGUCGUCAACGACGCCCUGCAGCUGAGUUUGGUGACGGCGCUCUACGUGGUCAGUUACAUCUUCAGGAGGAUCCACGCCUCUGUCUGCUGCCUGCUGAUCAUGACUGCGGUCCUGACCACACGUUCCACGCCACUCAUCCUGGCGGGCAUGGCGGUGGAGCGGUACGUGUCCAUCUGCUUCCCACUGCACUACACCCAGAUGUGCACGGUGCCACGCACGCUGCUCCUCAUCGGCGCCAUCCUCAUCCUGACCGCCACGCCGCCCGUCACCGACCUGCUGAUCACCGUGCUGAAGGAGCCGCCCAGCUUCUUCCACGCCGCCAUCUUCUGCGACCACUCGCUGCUCUUCCGCCAUCGCGCCAUCUACUACAAGAACUUUGUCUUUGACGGUGCCUACUUGUCCUUCGUCUUCCUCACCCUCCUCUUCACCUACUGCAAAAUCAUGAUGACGGCGCGCGCCGCCUCCGCCGGCCUGGCGUCUGUUACCAGGGCCCGAAACACCGUGCUGCUCCACGGCCUGCAGCUGCUGCUGUGCAUGCUGGCCUUCGUGGUUCCGUCGCUGCAGGCGGCGCUCAUCUCGCUCUUUCCGCUUCUCAGCCUGGAGAUCCGCUACAUCUUCUUCCUGCUGGUCUACAUCAUCCCUCGCUUCCUCAGUCCCGUCGUCUACGGUUUCAGAGACGAGCUCUUCAGGAAGUACUGGACCCGCUACCUGGCCUGUCAGAGCCACGCCAACGUGCGCAUCGGCGCCGCUGCUUGA